AUGCUAUCUGCAUGCAUGCAUCAUCAUUGGAAAUACUGCCAACAACCAGGCAAUAGACACGGGAAUGCAUCAAACAAUAACAACACCCCUGGAAGCGCAUCUUUAAACAAGACUGAUGCAGCAGUCGAUGAUACUCAGUCUCCAUUUGAUCGUGUACCAGCAGCGCCUGUCGAUCCGCCACCAUUAGAAGACACACUGGCCAAACAUAUUCUCUAUGUAAUGACUCGUUUCAUCAAUUAUGCUGGCAUUCUUGAGGAACGCGAAUAUGGCAUAGUGGCAAAUCAUGCAGCUACCGCCUGUAGCACGGAUUGUCACACAGGCCAUAAUUCAUCUGCCCCAAUCAUGGCUGACAUUUAUAAAGCAGCCGGUCAUAUUGUAGCAUAUGUUAGUGCUAGUAAUUGGCCAAUAACUUUUAGUAAAAUUAAGAGCAGAAUCUUGUUUUUGACAACCACACAGGAAGAAAAUCCCGAAAUAUCAGAUGUGAUGUUGCUAGAGUGUGUCUCGUUGAAUUGCAAAAGGCUUAGCAUGGUGCUUACUGAACUAUGCACUUCAACUUUACAUUUGAAAAAAGCGACUCAAUUAUCCAUUGCGGUUUUGUUACGUAGAGCAAUUUUGAAUUGGAUGGAAAGUUAUACCGCCGAAUUCGUUUCUUUAGUUCGCUCACACAACAGAGCGGAAGGUUCACCAGAGAUUUUAUUUGAUAUUUUCAACUCAUUGGCUGACACAACAAAGCGAAAAGCAGUUUUUUGGCCUUUACAAACAACGCUAUUAGCGCUUUGUCCUGAUAUAAUGUUAUCAACAUCAAUUGCUACUGGAAGAGUUCAAAACAGGAAGGUUGCAUUUUUUGGUAAUCUACGAAAAGCGAUGAAAGGCGAAAAAAUGGGCGAAUUGGCGGCUAUAUGUUACGUGGAUCUUUGUAGAAUAGCAACAUAUGCAGUGAAGCACACUAUAGCAACGCUUCGAGAAAUUAUACCUGAUAUAGAAGACGAACUAACGGAUAAAUUAUUUGACCCCCAUCGACAAACAGACAUAGAAUCUUUAUCAAAUAGCAUUGGUGUUUUCAUUGAUCACAGAGCCUUGAUGGCCGAUUGCAUUGUAGCUAUGUUCAGAUUAGAUCUUGACAAAACUAUCAAUUCGCUUAUACCAAGAUGCUUUGAUGAGAAUGCGCCCACUAUUUUUAAAAUAAGUGUAGUGAAAGCUGCAUUGUCGAUUGCAUCAGACGAAAAUCGAUUACCGUGGAUUCCACAUAGUUCCAAUUUAUAUACACCUUUAUGCAAUCGAAUCAGAGAGUUAUUUCUCGAAUUUUACGAUCGUGAUUUUAAGGACAAAUUUGAUGGGCCAGUCCAACAUAUCUCUUCAGUUAGGAAAAGUCAAGCAGCAAAUAUCGAGAAGCGCACCGUAAAAAGAGAAGGUAGAUCAGGAAGCCAGGAAAAAAUUGAACUCAUUAUGAACGUCAUUUUGGAUAUUUUACAUUUGUAUCAAACCGACCCGAAAUUUGCUGUAUUGAGUGACGGUAAUGACAGAUUUGAACGAAAUGCGGCAUUAAUGGUGGCUAUGACAAACUGCCUAAAAGCACAGAGCGCACUUGUUCGAGAGUCUGCUGCUGAAUGUAUAUGUAAAUUACAUACCCCUGAAUAUAUUAUGCUGUGGGGAAGGCCUGACAGGUUUAUGGAGUCGUUCUGGAAAAUAUCAUCCCAAGUCCUUUUUACAAUGGCUAAGCAGCUAUUAGAUAGCAGAGAAAGAGAAGCUGGCCUGAAAAAAUUGUUGAGUUUGCUCAAAAAACUUCUUUCAUCUCGCAACAGGUUUCUUGAACAACAUCGUGAUGUGGCAACGCAUGAUAUAGAUACAAGAGAGAGGUUACAGGCCUCAAUUGGCUUAGAAGUUGCGCUUCUGGUUUUAUUGUGCUCUCAUGAUGCAGACAUAUGCACCUUGGCGAUUGAUUGCUUUGACCUACUUUGUACUGAAGUUCAUCUAACAGUUCGAUUGGAUGAUACAGAGCCUUCGUCAAUUACAUUUGUCGACAACCUUGCGUGCUAUACAGAGCUAAUUAACCAGUCAGGAGUAGUAGCUGGUCGUAAAUCACAACAGCGUCGCAUUCGACGUAUUUUACGAACAAUAAAUCAUAGUUCACCUGGAAUGUUGGCAGCUUGGGAAGAGGCAUGGAAAAGAUGGAAAUUCAUGACGCCUAUGAUCGCCCGUACGAUAGAAGAAAGCAAAGAUGAGCCUGUGGACCUCAGAAAGGCGGGAGGAUGGCAUGAUAAAAUUCGAAGUACUCCUUCGAGACAAUUGAUACCCACUUCGUCAGCUAGCCGCUUCGAUUUUAUUGAUGAUGAUAGAUCAUCUGAAUGGCAAAAUUAUGCUGGUUUUCUAGCUGCGUUGGGCGGUGUUUGCUUGAUGGCGAAUUCUCAGGAAAGCUUGACAGGGCCAACGACACCUAAUCGAUCCCGCACGACAGAUAGCGUAUACAAUGGGCAUAGCAGACAUACUUUAGUUUCAACAGAAUCGCUGAUAACAGUUGACAAAUCAACAAUGGUGGAUAGAUUCGUUUUGGAAAUGGUAGAACUGCUUGCUUGCGACAAUUUGAUAGUACGCGAGUGGGUACGUGAGAUUCUAGGUAACGAUCUUUCUCCAGCGCUUUAUCACAUUAUGUUCCGCCAUCUUGAAGGUACUCUGUCGAAGUGUUUUGGAAACGACAACAAUCCUUCUUGUGGGCCACGAUAUACACUAUUUGUAGAACAGGCCAUAUCUGUUUUAAAGCAAGUUCUCGAUCGUCUGUCGGAUAAAACCGAAAAUCUAUUCACAGUAGAUUUCAGUACUUUGAUAAGUCAGUACGCAUUUUACUUGAAUAAACUAGGAACAAAUCAAGCAUCAAUCAAAAUUAAAAUCAAGAUGUGUCAGCUUGUCGAAGUCUUGAUGCUGAAAAGGGAAAGCGUCACGUUACGUCAAGAGUUCAAAUUGAGGAAUAAGCUGCUGGAAAUAAUCGUGGAAUGGACCAGUGAUUUUAGUUUGAAACCCGACAAUGCUAAUCAGUCUGUGAACCAUGAAGCCUCUCAGAUGGAGAAGUUACAGAAUGAUUUGGACCUAGCAUGCUUAAAAACAAUUGUUGCUUUGCUUCGUCACUUACCAUUGCAACCUUCCGAACCUGUAGUUGAAUCUGACGCACUUGCUGUCAAAAGUAGAAUCUUUUACAAAUAUUUUACUUACUUUUUUAAACUAUUGAAUCGAUGUCGUAUCGCAGAGAUUGAAGCAAACUCUCAAACUAAGCCCUAUGAUUCGCAAUACCGAAACGGUCCCGAACUUGCCCCUUUAAAAAACUAUACAAUUUUAGCACUUUCUAAUUUGCUCAGUGCUAAUGUCGAUGCUGGAUUGAAAUACUCCUUCCAAAUGGGAUAUCAUGAAGAUACUCGUACCAGAACAGCCUUCAUGGAAGUUCUAACGAAUAUUUUGAACCAAGGAACCAAGUUUGAAAAUCUAUCCGAAACUGUCAUGACAGACAGAUAUGAAAAACUAAUAGAUAUGCUUGUCCAAGACGAUUUGAGCAUUGCACUUUCGUUAUGCACAGUUUGCCCCUCAUCUGACAUUGAUGAUGUUGCAAACUCCCUAUUAGCUUGCUUUGCUUCUCGGAAUAAAGCAAUGCCCUUGAUCAAAGCUUCUAUUCGUAAAGAAGUUGAAAGCACAGAAAAUGAAACAGACCUAUUCAGGAAGACCAGUAUUGCAACAAGACUCCUUUCAGCCUUCGCAAAAAAUUGUGGAACGGAAUAUGUACGAGCAGUGUUAUUACCUGUAUUUCAAAAACUUUUAGAACGUCCUCGCGAAGAUAAAUGUUUCGAACUAGAUCCGUCGAAAAUUGCGCCAGAGGAAGAUAUCAACAAAAAUAGACAGAAUGUGAUUGAAGCGACAGAGAUGUUUUUGAAUGCUAUUUGCUCUUCUGCGAGUCAAGCCCCUAUAUCGUUUCGCGAAGUUUGCCACUUCAUUCUAGACACGGUUCGAGAACGAUUUCCAGAGGCUAAAUAUACAGCAGUAGGCUCUUUCAUAUUUUUGCGUUUCUUCUGUCCAGCCAUCGUAUCACCGGAAACUGAAGGUCAUAUUAAGAAUACCGCAUCAAUUUCUCGUGAAAUGCGAAGAGGCUUUUUGAUUGCUACUAAGAUUAUCCAAAAUCUUGCUAAUAAUGUUUUGUUUGGCGCCAAGGAAACAUAUAUGAUUGUUUUGAACGACUUUCUAACGAGUAACAUAUACAAAGUUGCAAGCUUCCUACGUGAAGUAUCAACUGUUCCCGAUAAUUCAGCUACUGACGAUUCCUUAGAAGCUCUACAAAUGAAUGAAAAAUCUUAUGCUAUGCUUCACCGUGUUUUAUAUGAUAACAUGGAACGCGUCUCUCGCGAUCUUUCUGCCAAAACUCACCAGUAUCCCGAACAGCCAGACUCAUUGAGUAACUUAAAGCGUGAAUUAGACAAGUUUGCAAACUUACUAGCACAGCUUGGUCGACCACCAGAAGUUAUACAAAACGAACCUAUUGCAGCACAAGGUAACAUUUAUGCUGCAUCUAAUCAAUUGUAUGCCGACUUCAUGCGAAGAAACAGUCGUCGAAAUGUCGAAGCGGUCACUUCCAAAAAUAUCUUUUACGAAGGUGGUGUUUCACGAGCUGGGCGUCCUGUCUUCUAUCUGAUUUUACGCCACGUGAAUGCAGACAACAUUGACUUCGAACUAUUGAUCUACCAUGUUUUACAAACGCUUGAACGCGCUGCUAACCGACAAUAUGAAUUGCUCAUCGAUUUUACAAGAUUCGGCAAAUGUAACGAAAUACCUGCUCAGUGGAUUCAGCAGCUUAUGCAAUUGCUGAGUGACGAAAAAUCUGAUAACAUCACAAUUUGCUACAUUUACAAUCCGAACUCUUAUUUAAGAUCCUUCAUUAAGAAAUUGACAAGGCCUAUUUCACAUAGGUUUUUGAAACGUAUACAGUUUGCUGUGACGCUUUCCGAGCUUCACGAAUAUAUCUCAAAAGCAGAAUUAAGACUACCAAAAUUAACAGUUGCUCUCGAGACCGAUCCGAGUGCAGUUUUCUUCCCAGUAAACAAAGUAGUGAAUUAUUCAACGCAGCUACCAGUUACUGUGAAAGUCAGUGCUGAGUAUGUUCAGAUAAUGACUGUCCGCAAACAAGAAAUACUAUACGGGAUGACUGCUAUAGUCAAUGACAUAUAUCAUAUUUCUGAAGUUGAGGAUAUUGCUAUCACUCAUCAGGAACGAUAUUCAGCAGAAAGCGCCUAUGCAUUUAGUUAUAGAAGCACGCGAGAAAACUCAGUUGUAGUAUUGAAUUCACCAAAAAGAGAAGCCAUCAUCAAUACGAUUCGCCAUAGUAAGCGUAGAUACGACAUGUCAAGACCAUCAGUUAUAACAGAACGUAGCAUUAAGCCAAGUGAUGUUCCUGGUCGAUUGCUUUGUAGUGCACUGUAUAAUCUAGGAAGCAACGACCCCAAUUUGAGACUCUCCUCUUAUAAUAUGCUGUACGCUUUAAGUCGAGUGUUUAAUUUUGACGUGGGAAAGCAACUUCUCGAUGCAAAAGAUCUCUGUCUUCCUGCAAAUAGCACGGAUUUCAUUGUAACCAUAAGCGAAAAGAUUGCGGCCACUGAACCUGCGCUUACUUUUGAAUUCUUGAAUGAAUGCAUCGUGGCUUAUGGAAGGUCUGAGCAAUCAGCGCGUUAUGUCUGUCUGAUGUUUAUGACCCCUUGGUUGACUAAUUUGGCGUUAUAUUGUAACCGCUCGCCGCAAGACACAGAGAAGAUCAAAGAGCUAAUUAGGCUGCUAAUUGAUCUCACUCUGACAGGAGAGAUGUCAAAGCUUGUUCAGGCAAAAAUUUGGAAGUUUAUUGCAAAUGUCGACGAUAUUUUAAAUCUGGUUGUGGACACUUUUGUAAAAGUAUCCAUUGAAUAUGGUAUGGGAUCAACUCAAACAGAAGCUCUUGCUGAUACAUUGGUGACACUUUCCAAUGUCACUGUUCGCUCCAAAUUGGUGUCUUAUUUACGGAAAGUUAUACACCGUACAUCCUUCAAACCAACACGAUUCAUUACGGACCAUCCUUCAUGGGUAGAGAUAGCAAUAUUGGUCCGAUUUACGCUAAUGAUCACAUUCAAUAACCGUGGGCCAAUAAAACGAUUCGUACCAGAACUAUUUCAUAUUGUCACCCUCAUAGCUGGUGUAGGAAAUACAGUCGUUCGAUCAUCUGUACAUGGGAUCGUUGUCAACAUGAUUCAAUCAUUAUGUACGUCUACGCCUUUGUCGGCUGCAAAUAUCAAGAAACUUCAACUUAUUUUGACAGAGUUGUCAGAAUCCAAAUGCCGUUUGCUGUUUGGUCUCAACAGAACAAAUGCUAACGCAUUCUCAAUCACCUCUGAAACGCUUAUUGAAACCAUUGAGCCUAUAUCUCUACUCUCUUUGGAAAUUAUUGUUAGUAAACUUCUGGAAGUAAUUAAUUACGCAGCACCUACAGCAGAUAUCGCAAACUAUUGGAGAGCAAGAUGGAUGAGUCUUGUCGCAAGCACUGCAUUCCAAUUCAAUCCGGCUGUACAACCACGAGCAUUUAUUGUGUUAGGCUACUUGGGCCGAGAAGAAAUUGAUGAUGAUUUACUGUAUCAAAUAUUGGUGGCUUUACGAGGCGCACUUGCCAUAUUUAAUGAUUCCGACCCAAAUCUUGUUACAAGCAUCAUGAUGUGUCUCAAAAAUGUCGUAGAAAGCCUUCCUAGUGACUCUCGUUAUUUAUUGCAGUUGUUCUGGGUUGCAGUUGCUUUGGUUGAGAUUAACACUGGACCUACGUUUGCCAUGGCCGUAGAAUUUUUGCAAGCUGUCACACGAGCUCUCAACUCUAACGGCUUCUUUACCCAAGAUACCAUGAUCGACGUUUUAUUGGCAGCGCGUGCGCCAAUCGCCGAUGUGGCUCGACAUUUAGAAAAUUCUUGUGGAGUCAAUUUUGAUACCCAUUUUUCCUUUGCAAUUGCAGGCAUAUUUAUGAAGGGAUUGAGAUAUAGUGAUGUGAAAGAUACGAUCUAUCAUGGUUUGCAUACUUUCCUUGGUAUCGAGCGUAAACAAAUCAUACACGAUCCUUUAUCGGAAGAGGAGGGCAUCAUAGAAGCGAGUACAUUAGGCUAUGUUACCGCUUUGUUACCUCUGGCUGCAAAGAAUGAAACUGUGAACGACCUUUUGAAAUUUGUUGGUCUAAAUGAGACUGAUAUUGACAGCCACAGUCUGAACGGCAGGAAUUAUGUUGGUAUCUUUGAUAAGCUGGACAUCCCAGACAAUACCACAGCAUUACUGCUGAUUUCCUUGUUGGCUACAAUGCUAACUGCUGCAGAUAACGAAUAUGAACGAUUAUUCAUAUACGGGUUAUUGUCGGAAGCUGCAAUAGCAAUACCCGAAGUAUUUGCAUUGGUUUACGAUUCACUAUUACCUAAAAUGAAUCAAAUGGUCAUCAGCAGCCAAAGUCAACCAAUCAUUGAAUCUGUCAAGUCUAUUUUACUAACUGCUUGUUCAGAGCCAGCAUUCGAACAGCUGAAGGAUAAGCCAUCGCAAAAAGUUCUCUUAAAUAGACUCGGUUUCGCUGCUCUUGGCGACCCUACGUUUGGUGCAACAUCUUCUAACACCUUUCAAAAUGCGAAACUUGCAAGUGAGCUGAUUGAACGCAUUAUAUCUUAG